GAUUUAAACAAUGUCAAACGCAGAAGAAACUUCAUCAGAUCGAUAAUUCUCCAACAAGAUUGAAACUUUGCAGGCGAUCGUCUCUGUUCACAUAGUUCCGAGUUUAAGUUUAUCUGAGAUGGGAAGUAGCAGUUCGAAACGUUCGAGCAGGAGAAGCAGUCAAAGAUAUUCUCAAAGUGCGUCUUCAUCUUACGGACACAAUCCUCACCAAGACAUCCAUCACUACACAGUACCGGCUCCUGUUUCAUCAUAUAGUUCUGGGUUUCAGGCGCCUUCUCUUCCUCAAAAGAAUCAAGGGAAGAAGAAGUUUUCACAGAUCGGUGAUUACUACCGGUCCAUUGAUGAGGUUACGGGUGCUCUUUCUCAUGCUGGUUUGGAGUCAUCGAAUUUGAUUGUUGGUAUUGAUGUCACUAAGAGCAAUGAGUGGACAGGAGCGAGAUCAUUUAACAGGCAAAGCUUGCAUUACAUUGGCACAAGUCCAAACCCGUACCAGCAAGCGAUUUCUAUCAUCGGAAAGACUUUAUCCGCUUUUGAUGAGGAUAAUUUGAUCCCUUGUUAUGGAUUUGGAGAUGCUACAACACAUGAUCAGAAUGUGUUUAGUUUCUACCCGGAUGAUACAUUCUGUAAUGGGUUUGAAGAUGUCCUUUCACGUUACAGAGAGAUUGUUCCUCAGCUGCAUCUUGCAGGUCCGACUUCUUUUGCACCCAUCAUCGAAAGGGCCAUGACAAUUGUGGAAGAAAGUGGAGGGCAGUACCAUGUUCUUCUCAUAAUUGCUGAUGGACAGGUGACAAGAAGUGUUGAUACCAAUCAAGGCGGUCUCAGCUCACAAGAACAAAAGACCAUUGAUGCAAUUGUUAGAGCUAGUGCAUAUCCUCUAUCAAUAGUAUUGGUUGGUGUUGGAGAUGGUCCUUGGGAUACAAUGAGACAGUUUGAUGAUAAUAUCCCUGCUCGUGCCUUUGACAAUUUUCAAUUUGUGAAUUUCACGGAGAUAAUGGCAAAGAACAUUGAUCCUGGAAGAAAAGAAGCGGAAUUUGCACUGUCCGCCUUGAUGGAGGUCCCGUCUCAGUAUAAGGCCACCCUCGAGCUCGGCUUACUCGGAAGAAGAACUGGAAAGUCUCCAAACAAGAUUGCUCUUCCACCACCAAUUAGUGCUACUAAUCCAUUUCUAAACAACAGCUCGAAAACGUCCUGGUCAAGCACUGUUGCCACUGCACCGCCUUUAUCAGCUGCCAGUAAAGAGAGAGAGAAUUGUCCCAUCUGUCUGGUUAAUACAAAGAACACGGCAUUCAAUUGUGGCCAUCAGACUUGCCAUGAAUGUGGACAAGACAUUGAUAAGUGUCCCAUUUGCCGUACCACUAUCGCAGUUCGUAUCAAGCUCUAUUGAGAAUGAUUAUCUUCAACAGAUCAUCGAUCUACCUCGAGGUGAACAAUACCCGUUAAUUUUUCUGAGGGCUUCACCAUUGUUUCUAUCUCUAGGAGAAUAAAAGAUUUUAGUGGUUUUCCAUUUAUUCUUUCUGUACAUAAUUUAUUUGGCUUUUCGCAUUCUCACUGCACUUUGUGUUGCGUUUGGAUUGAACACAAAGUGCAGUGAAUUAGCUUUCAUUAUCAUAAGCUUUAGAGCUUUUUUAAUAGACAUUUCAUGUACAU